AAUAAAAAAAGACCCCACCUUUGCAAUAAAAGAUAGAUAACACGCACACACAACUCCACAUACAUUGUAGCAUCCACCCACCUUUCGUGUCUCUUUCUCUGGCUCUACCUCUCUUUCCUUUUUUUGCCCUAUCUGAUAGGGUUUCAGAUGACCUCUUGACGUUCUGUUUCUGAUGAAUUCAGUGUUUCAAGCUCUAUACCUUGCGUUGAUUGUGUUUUUGUUGGUUGAUCUGGUUGUUUUUGCUCUUGAUAGAGGGUUUUUUGGGCUUGAACGCUUGAGAUUUUAUUUCCCUGGGGUUUUCCAACUGUACCCAUGUCUGAAAUCUUCGAUUACAGUGGAGAUGAUGUUUUUUGUCCUGGGAGGUCAAUAUUUCAAAAUCCAAAGGAAUCUAGUCUUUUUUUGUCUAUUGGGCAUCAUGUGGAUGUGUAUUUUCCUCCACGCAAGAGGUCUCGCAUCAGUGCCCCUUUUGUCUUCAGUGGAGAAAGGUUUGAGCAGAAGAAGCAACCCUCUAUUGAAGUUCUUCCCGAUGAAUGCCUCUUUGAGGUCUUCAGACGCCUCCCUGGGGGCCAAUCUAGGAGUUCUUGUGCUUUUGUGUCCAAACGCUGGCUUAUGCUCCUAAGUAGCAUUCGCAGGGAUGAAAUCUGUGCCAGCAUAACUGCUCAGUCUGUGGAGCCUGAGGAAAGGUUGAUUUCCAAUAAGGCAGUUGAAUCCUCGGUGUGUAUCAAGAAGGGUGGGGAUGUGGGUUUUGAUGGUACUCGAGUUAACCCCGAGGCUGAAGAUGAAGAGGUGGAGAGUGAUGGAUACCUUUCCAGAUGCCUUGAAGGGAAGAAAGCAACAGAUGUCAGACUUGCUGCGAUUGCCGUUGGAACUGGUAGCCGUGGAGGAAUGGGAAAGCUUUCUAUCCGAGGAAGCAAUUCUAGUCAUGGAGUUACAAACCUUGGCUUUAGGGCCAUUGCUCGUGGUUGCCCUUCGCUCAGGAUUCUUUCUCUGUGGAACGUUUCUUCAAUUGGGAAUGAAGGCCUAUUUGAGAUUGCUAAUGGGUGUCACCUGUUGGAGAAGCUUGACCUUCGCCAUUGCCCAGCAAUUUCUGACAAGGCUUUACUGGCCAUUGCAAACAACUGUCCUAAUAUUACCUCGCUAACAUUAGAGUCUUGUCCAAAUAUUGGAAAUGAAAGCCUGCAAGCUUUUGGACGUUGCUGCCUCAACUUAAGCUCCUUUUCAAUCAAAAACUGCCCACUAGUUGGGGAUCAAGGAAUUGCAAGUCUGUUAUCAUCAGCAAGUCAUACCCUGACGAAGGUGAAGCUCCAGGCUUUGAACAUCAGUGAUGUGUCCCUUGCUGUUAUCGGACACUAUGGCAAGGCAGUUACAGAUCUGGCUUUUACUGGCCUCCAAAAGGUGAGUGAGAGGGGCUUCUGGGUCAUGGGUAAUGCUCAGGGUUUGCAGAAGUUGAGGUCCUUUGCAAUUACCUCUUGCCAAGGAGUCACUGAUUUGGGGCUUCAAGCUGUGGGUAAAGGUUGCCCAAAUUUGAAGCAAUUAUGCCUUCACAAAUGUGGACUCAUGUCAGACAAUGGAUUGGUUUCCUUUGCCAAAUCUGCAGGGUCACUGGAGAGCCUGCAAUUAGAGCAGUGCCACAGGGUUACCCAGUCUGGGAUUUUCAGCAUCCUUGUAAACUGUGGUGACAAAUUGAAGACUCUAGCUCUGACAAACUGCUUGGGGAUUAAGGAUGUGAUCUUGGGAUUUCCUUUGAUGUCUUUCUGCAAGUCCCUGCGAUCUUUGUCUAUCCGCAACUGUCCUGGAUUUGGUAAUGCUAGCUUGGCCAUGUUGGGUAGACUGUGCCCUCAACUGCAGCGUGUGGACCUUAUUGGGCUUCAGGGAAUAACAGAUGAGGGAUUUUUCCCACUCAUUCAGAACUGUAAGUCUGGUCUGACAAAGGUUAAUCUUUGUGGUUGUGGUAACUUGACAGACAAAGUGGUUUCAGCCAUUGCCAAGCUGCAUGGUGCGACUCUUGAAUAUCUGAAUCUUGAUGGUUGCCGUUCUGUGACUGAUGCAAGCUUGGUGGCAAUUGCAAAAAAUUGCUUGUUCCUGAGUGAACUUGAUGUUUCUAAAAGUUCAAUCACCGAUUCUGGCAUUGAAGCGUUGGCUUGUGCAGCGCAGCUUAAUUUGCAGAUCCUUUCCCUGUCAGGUUGUUCUUUGGUAACGGACAAGAGCUUUCCUUAUAUGGAAAUGUUGGGUCGGAAACUUGUGGGGCUAAACAUCCAACAGUGCCAUGAAAUCAGUAGUUGCAUGGUUGAUUUGCUUGUUGAGCGAUUAUGGAGGGGCAAUAUCCUCUACUAAGCAGGGAAGGAUAUGAAGAACCCUGUAAAUUGGGUUGGCAGAUCUGAAUGACAGGGUUGGACAUAUCAGAAAGUUUCAGCAUUCCAAGUUAGCUCCUGUGGGAAGCAGUCGUAUAUUUAGUUUUUGGGUCCAUGAGCUGUGGGUCCGUCCUUGUAGUCCUGUUAAUGGGAUCCUUUUUCCAGGGAAGAUGGCCAAUUCCACUUUUUUUUGCGGCUUUCCUCCAUAGGAAGCUGUUGGAUGAGUUUUGGCCCUCAGUGAUGGGGAGUCUAUUCGUCGUGGUCAUACUUACCUGAGAAUGCAGAUGCUCGGUUCUGGAUCUUUGUGAUGUUUUCCAGUGGUUAUACCUUCUGUGAUGCUUGGUGUUAGCCUGGUGUUUUAGCUUUCAGCCUUGCAUUGGUUAUAAUCGUGCUUAGGCUAAGCUUUGUUUACAGCUUUCGAGUCUUUACAGUCUGACUAUCUGUUUUACCUGAGUCUUCCACGUUGUUGAGCAUGUGUUUUGCACGUGAUGUUUGGGUCUCUGCUUUCCUCUUAGGUUUGGUUUGAUUUCUCUACUUGUGGUUGCUUUUGGCGGUUUCAAGUUUGGUGCCUUGUGUUCGGGGGCUUUGGCCGUGGCAGAAGGCUCUUUUGGUCUGCUCUGCCAUGACAACCCUUUUCCUCUCUCUCGGAGGGGUUGUUUUUUUCACCAAGCCCUUCUUUUACAGGCUUCCUUUGUUCUUGAACUGUAUUAUGCAACCUCCUUGUGUUAUUUAAUGUUUGACUGGUAAAUGUGUUCUGUUUUGUAAUUUUCAUGAAUAAAAUUUCCAAGUAGUUCUUGAUCCGAG